AUGUCUAUCAGAUUUGGUCGUAGUGGCAACGGUUAUGACAGCUCAGAAGUCAUGGAGACUGAGGAUGAUGACUGGAGAAAGGUCACAGACUUGAACGAACGCAGAAAAAUUCAGAAUAGAUUGGCCCAAAGGAAUUAUCGCCGCAAACUCCGCCAAAGACUUGAAGAGUUGGAACGUCAAGCUGGAGCUACAAGUAGCACAACAUCAUCCUCAGCUAGCCCAUUAAAGAAAAAGAAGAAGCAAUCUGCUAUUGAGACUGGUACUGCAUCUGGAAGGGUUGAGAAGAAAAAUGGGGGAGGACACCCGGUCAGAGCUACUAAGAUUAGCAACCUGGAGAGUAGACCCUCGAGUCAAGAAGUUACUACAUCGGGUGUCUCAACACAGUCUACCAGAGCUACUGCUUCCCCCAGAAAUAUCUAUACUAUGGGUGAUUUUGGUCCACUAUUUGCAAACCCUGAAGCCAGACAUCAAAGCAUUAGACAGCCUGAGCAACAGCUACCAACAUGGAGCCCUCAGCCGUAUCCCCAACAGCAGCAACAACAAUCAUAUGAGCAUCUGGCACAGCCUUACUACCAUGCCAGUCCUCAACCAGCAUUCUCUAUGACACCUCAUCCUCACCCAGUCUCAGAACCAGCUACAUCGCCACCACAAGUCCAAGCGUACAUCUCCUCCCUCCAAACCGACUCAUCGUUACCGCUAACUCACACGUUUUCUCGUGGUGAAGAUUCGAGUCCAAUUACCCAUACUUCAUACCGACCCAACGUACACCAGACCCGCAGUAUUAGUGAUUCUGGGCACCCAGGCUUCCCUGACCUCCCUUCAACCUAUUCCGCGAGCCCGGCUGUCAACCCCAAUCCAUUUCAUCUGAACGCGCCACUCCCACGAGACGAUUUUUACCUUACAUUGAACUAUUCCACACUCUUUAACGCCUCCCUCGAGAUUGCCAAAAUCCUACAAGUCUCUGAAAAGACGAUGUUUGACGAUGACGCUACCUCUCCAUUCAACAGUCCUAGCCCAGUUUCACUUCCAGAAGGAACGGAAGAUUUGAUACCAACGAAGAAGCAACUAGAUAUUGAGCAUCACCCGUAUAUCGAUAUGGUUCCAUUUAAGGGGUUUCGAGAUCGAUUGUUGGAUUGUGUAGCGGAAGGGGAGAAGACGGGAAAUUACCUUGAUGAAACAAAGCUGUGUCAUGGGAUGUACGAGAGUUGGGGUGUUUGGGGACAGACUCCAUGGGAGGCGAGAAGCUGGGAAGUUGGCGAAGCGUUUGCUAGGUAA